GAUAGGAAGGCCGAAGCCCGGCUCGGUGGGCAGGCCCUGGCAGGGAGAGAGCCGGCCCGCUCCCCCGGGAUACCAGCAGCCUCCGGACCAGCGCAUCGCAAGGAGGUGGCACCAUGGCAUCCCGCAGCGCAGGGACCCUGCUGACCACCAGCAACGCGGUUUACGUGCCACCCAGCCUCAUGCCCGGGUACCAAGGCUCCGUCCCGAAUGUGGCCUUCUCCUUCGGAGACACUUACGGCAACGCCACGCUCAAGUACUUCCAGGACUAUCGCAAUGCAGCCAUGGACAGCAGCCGCAGCCCCUACAGCAGGGGGGGAUUCUUCCCCACGAUCUUCUCUCGAGAUCCCUCCCUGGUGCUCGGGAGCCGCUCCCUCACUUGGAACCGCUGGCCGCGCACGCCUUCUUACUCCCACUUCAACCUCGACCAAAACCGCUCUGAGGAGUUGAAGGAGUUCUACCGGCUGGCCCAGAAGCACCGGGAAUACUACUGGGACAAGACAGGAACUGUACACCCAGUCCCCUACUUUGUGCUGCCCAGGAAGGAGCACGAUCGGUACCCCAUCCCAACAGACCUGCCACCGCUGGAUUUGAAGACAAAGUGGCACCUCUUUAGGGUGUCCCCGAAGAAUCUGAGAACAUACCAGACCUUCCCCUCGGGGAAGAGGGUCACCCCGCAGGAGAGGAGAGUGCGAGACAGCUUCUUCGAGUUCAGGGCAUGAGGCGAAGUGAUCGAUGCCAAAAAGAGCAUGAGACAGAGACCGGAAAGAGGCAUGUUUCUCCCAGUAAUAAAGCGCUUAGCCAGGGAAGCCCUCUAGCUUGCUUC